AAAAGUCAAUAAAGACGAGUACAGCUUAAUUCAAUGUACUCCAUUACUGAAAGACACUGAAGAAUUGGUGAAGGAUUUGAACUGCACUAAUGAUCUCUUCAAGUUCGUUAGAAUCAUGAGAGCAAGAUUCCAAGCGGCUGCAAUCAAAGCAGGGGUUCAUCCUGCAACUUCAUUGUGCACAAACACAUCAUCCACACCAAUUUCAUCCCCACCGGCUGCGUCAGUUGACACCACAAGCGAAGGCACCACCAAUCAAAGUCAUUCCCGAAGCCGGUCAAAGAAUCAAGAUCCGCGUGCAAAGAGAGGUGCCCCUCCCCGAUCAACAGCAUCUCCCCUUACAUCGGGAUCUGUCACCCGCCGCUCCCCACGCUUUGCUGCCGCUGAUGCAGGGAAUAGGCAUUAAGCAAUAGGCAAAAACCACCUGGGCGGCAUCAUGUCAUGCUGUUUGGCUGUAUCACAGUUUAGAUGGCCCUCAUCGAGCAAAUUCCGAGUAAGGCAAACUGAACAAGAACGAAAAUAAGCAGCGGGCAGUGUACUUGGUGGACACAGAGAGUUCCAUCUCGAACUCCCUGUCCAUAGAUAGCUUCUGGUCCUCUCAACAUGGCAGCAUCAGCUCACAGGUAUCUGUACAGCGAAGUUAAGCAUCCAGUAUAUCUUCGACGAGCGCUGCAGCUGUCGGUAGCUUGGAUUUGGUCCCUGCUAUGCCAUUGUGGGUGAUGUAUAAUAUGUUGUAAGUCUAUCAGUCAUUCAGUUGUAGCAGUUUCUGUAUGGCGUGAACUCAAAACCUGUUAUAGUUCCACUGUGUGCUAUUUAUUCGGCCAUGAACAUGAACAUGCCUAUUUCUGGUGCAGAGGGACUUGUACCGGUAGUCCAUGGCAUUUGAUAUUUGAUAUAUAUGGCAAUGCCUUAUGAAGGCCAGCAAUAGUGCCAUAAAAACAGCUAUAAAUAAACCUGAAUAAUAAGCACGUCUUCAGGGACAACUUUACCCGAAUUAAACCACAAUUUAAUUUAUAUGAACUAUUGGCAACUUAAAUAGAAGUAUUCAUUUUCCUGUAACAAUAAAAGUACAAUGUUCUUUAUCUUGACAUGAGUAGCUAACACCAUUGAAGUUUAACCACAUCUCCUAUUGAACAUGUGCCCGUAUACCACAGCUACUGUAAAGAGAAGAAAAAGUUUUGAUUCUUCCAUGUUUUCAUUAAUCAGGAAGCUGGAAUACAAGGAUUCAACCUUACAUCUCCUGUCCCUUAUUGCUUUUCUUUAGAUGCAUUCCUUUUGCUUUGAGCAAAAUGUGUAUUCUUUCCUUGUUAUACUAACCCAGGCAUCUUUUGCCCCCCUAUAAGACAGUUGCGACGAACUUGUGUUGCUCCAUGCUACACCCCAUUGUUUAAAGAUAGGAUUCCACCACAGGUGCCUCUUCUGGUGAUUACUUCGAACAGACUACCAAGAGGGACAUGGUCGUCUCUUGCCAUCUGCAAAAAUAUAUCACCCAGGAAUUGAUAAGAAAUACGCGUACGUAAAUAUAUUUCGGGAACUGUUUCUCUUCUCUCACAAGAGCGUUAAGGAGUUCAAGUGCAUUUCCCAGGGCAGUCAGAGCAUUCCCACCAGAGCUAGCCAUCAGAUGGCAGGCCAUACGUCAACAACAACAGCUAGUUCAUCGGGAGGAAUGGACAAACGGCUCAUGAAAGCAGCCACAUCUGGUGCGUCCACGUCAAUGUAUGCCAUGGCUGCACUGGAUCGAAGCAUUCUUCUUGGAACAACUCCGCAAGGAAACACCUGCCUUCACAUUUCCUGCAUUUAUGGCCAUGAGGGAUUCUGCAAGGACGUGCUUGAACUGGAAGAGUCUCUCAUCAAGGCUGUAAACUUGGACGGGGAGACACCACUUAUUACCGCAGUGAGAAAUGGCCACGUCUCUUUGGCUUCUUUUUUACUCGCUCAGCACUGCUCUGUGCUAGGAUCGAGGCAGCCAAUCCUGCAACAGGACAAGUACGGAUUUAAUGCACUGCACCAUGCCAUUUGUAGCGGCCACAAGGAUCUUUCACUGGAAUUGGUAACAGCAGAGCCUGCGCUGUCGCAAGCUGUGGGCAAGCACAAUGAGUCGCCGAUGUACUUCGCGGCGACGAGAAAUUUUACACAGGUUUUUGAGAAACUAAUUCAAAAUCCUUUGUCAGCUUGCUCGGGAGGUGAACAUGGUCGCAAUUGUCUACAUGCUGCUGUUAUGAAUGGAGAUCAAGAAUUUGUCAAAAUAAUUAUGAAGAAACGUCCUGAAUCGGCGAGAGAAGUCGACAAAUACCAAAAUACUCCAAUAGUACUUGCUGUACGAUACACCAAUAUUGACAUUUUACAAGUAAUGCUGGAAUAUGAUUCAACUCUUGGGUAUUUAAUAGGCAACAGCGGUUUUCCUCUGCUUAAUGAUGCGGCAUAUCGAGGUCUGGUUGCUCCUGCUGAAAAGCUCCUGGAACACUGCCCCGAUGCUCCUUAUCUUGAACCAGAUGGUUCGACAUUGCUUCAUACAGCUGUAUCGCUUGAUCAUCCGGAGUUCGUUGAGUUUGUCCUUAGGACGCCAAUACUUCGCAAGCUUGUUAAUGUGCAAGACCACAACGGAAGCACCGCUCUACAUUUGGCAGUCCGAAGAUGCAAUCCUAGAGUGGUUACUGCUUUAUUGUCACACGUGGAUAUAGAUUUAACAUUGCUUGAUGACAUAUGUAAUACAGCAGCCUGGGAACUGUCGAAAAUCAGCCUGAAUGCCAAGACUUUAAACUGGAAUGAAGUGGCCAUGCUUAUGUCGAAAGCUAAGCCACAUGAUGCUCCUGUUCUUCAUAAUCUUCACAUUCGUGUCAAGCGACGGACGACUGAUGCAUCAAGGCAGGAUGCAAAAUCACUAACUCAAACAUACACAAGCAACACUUCGUUAGUGGCGAUUCUUAUUGCGACUAUCACCUUUGCUGCUGCCUUCACCCUGCCAGGAGGAUACAGCAAUGAUGCAGGAAGCGAGGGACUUCCCAUCAUGUCUAGGAAGUUUGCAUUUCAGGCAUUCUUGAUUUCUGACGUCUUAGCAAUGUGCUCCUCAUUUGCUGUUGCCUUCAUAUGCAUUAUAGCAAAGUGGGAGGAUUAUGAGUUCUUGGUUUAUUACAGAUCCUUCACUAAGAAGCUCAUGUGGUUUGCAUACGUGACAACAACUACCGCCUUUUCAACUGGUUUAUACACGGUGCUAGCUCCAGGUGUCCACUGGUUAGCGAUUGCAAUUUGUCUUAUGGUAGCUUUACUGCCCAUUCUCACAAAGCUGCUGGGCGAAUGGCCUAUCUUGAAGCUCAGACUUAAGCUCGGUAAAGAUUUCAACUCUGAUUUUCUUGAUAUGGUCUGACCUCAUCAAUUUACCUUAUUUGUUAUGCUUGGUGAUAUUUCUCAGCUCUAUCUGUAACAAACAUUGUUUGGCUACUCAUACUUAUAUUGUUAAUUCAUGGAGGGAAACUAUUGUACUGUUAAUUCCUGUACAA